GAAAGAAACGGACCAAAUAUGGACCAAAUGCGGCAAGUCGCGGGCGUCCGCAUGCGUGCGCACUCUCGACGUAUCGCCGGUCAGAUUCAAUGGUGUUUUCGCUAUUGACGUGAAGUUAAAACUCGACGCUCAUGUUGUGGUACUUUGUGACUGUAUGGUUGUGCUGACAUUCAGUUUAUGAUACUCCGACAUGGGUGGAGACAGUGAAACAGUUGAUCGACCUGUUGCGUCGGAAACCCAGACAGCUUCACCGCGGAAAGGGCAGAGUCCUCUCGUGGCAAAGCUCUUGGUUUUGGACCAAGUCUUCCAUUGGCUCGUGUGGAUUGGGGGUGUACUCUAUGCACUGGGAUGCUUUGCAACAAGUUCCACGAAUGUCACUCUGCCUCAGGUUGUGCCCAGGGACUUUGUUGACGGAUCCUACGGUAUCUGGAGAGAUAAGGACACUGCAGAUGAGGAAUGGUAUCGCUACAGCACCGCCAUUCGCCGGUUUUGGCACUGGGUCCUCUUGCAGCCGUUGAUUAGCCAGCUCCUGUUCAAGAAAAUUCCGGAGUUCUUGCCGCACUUUUACUUCGUCUACUCGGCCAUCUUCAUGCUGUACAACCUGACAUGGACGACAGUGCUAGUCUUCCUUGCGUCUUACGCCGCUUUCUUUGCCGCUGCGACGGUCGGGAGUAUUGUGGCCUGCUACGUCCUGGCUCUGGUCAUUGUUCUACAUUCCAGUUUUCCUGUUUUGGGCUUCUUGAAGCCGGCAUAUCCGUCCGACGGAAAUGUGUCCGCCUUCCUGGCGCAAGUGGGACUGUCGUGGACGGCAGCGCGGUGCCUCAGCUUCUCCGUCGACUUUGUGCGACAGCCCGAGCGUCCGAGUGCGCCCCAACUCUGGCAGACGCUGGCGUACGUCUUCUACCUGCCGAGCCUCUUCACUGGGCCACUCCAGAACUACGACGGCUUCGUGGCUCAGCUGAACAAGCCCCAAGUUGCCUGGAUGUCCGGAGAGCUGCGUGGAUCUCUGCUGCAGCUGGGUCGAUGCCUCCUCUGCUUCCUUCUCCUCGAGGCGUGCCUGCAUUUUUGCUACAGCUCUGCUCUGGCCUAUUACCCGGACCUGGUGGAGUCCUUGGACCUGCCCGGUCUCCUGGGCUUCGGCCUCUGCCUCACCCUGGUGUUCUUCCUCAAGUACCGGGUGCUGUACGGCUUCGGGUCGGCCGUGGCCCGGCUGGAGCGCAUCGAACUGCCCCCUCCGCCCAAGUGUGUGCACCGCAUCCACCUCUGCUCCUACUUGUGGAGGCACUUUGAUAGGGGCCUGUACCUAUGGAUUCAAAGGUACAUCUACCAACCCGUGGUGGCCGGACAGUGGACGCUGAAGCGGCGAGUCGUUGGAGCGGCCGCCAGCUUUGCCUUUGUCUGCUCCUGGCACGGCAUGGACAGGGCCGUGAUCGUCUGGUGCCUGCUCAACUUUGUCGGAGUCUCGACCGAGCUGCUGGCCGGGUUCCUGCGCGGCAGGCGUCCCUGGCGGGGCAUUGAGAGGAGAUACCUGACCGGGAUCUGGCUGCGAACAGCGAGGGCAGUGGUCACGACGCCCCACUUCCUCUUCUCCAUCUUCUCCUGCCUCUUCUUCCUGAGCAACGUGGACGUUGGCCUCAUCUUCCUGAGAAAGGUCGUCCUAGGUUUUCCAAUGCCUUUGGUGCCUCUGCUCUUCGUGAUGUACUGCGGCUGUCACGUGUCCAUGGACGCCAUGGACUGGGACAAGACUGGUUCAGCCGACUCGUCUAAGCAUUUGUAGUCCUUUGAGUCACCACCAUCUGUUUACUGUCGUUCAUACAUGCUGACAGCUUAAGAAGUGCGGGGCGUGGCUCAUCGUGUCUGCAUUUCUCGCUUUGUGGUCUGUUUCUUCGGGUUUCUUAUUGGCUAGCGAAGCAAUUAAUGGCUGUGGUAAUACGACGCUCAGGGCUCGCCCCGUGUUUCUUAAUCGGUCGACGACUUCGGCCAUCUCUACGCAGCUUACCUCGUUACUUAAGGUUUCAAGAGAUUACCAAAUGAUGGCAAGCCCCAUGCAUCCUACUUACUUUGUUCUAUGGUAUGUGCAGCAAAGAACUGUCACAAUUGCUCAUUUUGUACUUUGUGCACUAAUAUAGUUUGUUGCAACUUAGAAAGGUAGGGUGAGGGAAAGGAAGACCGGGGAGGAGCAAGCAGGCGGAACGCUAAAGAGAAUGGGAGGUUUUCCCCUCUCUUCUUUGCUGUUCCGUCUGCUUCCUCCUCUCCGGCCUUCCGUUCCCUCGCCCUACCUUCUUCAGUUACGAUGGACGAUACCUUUUAACUAUUAUAUUUAAUAUGCGAUGGCUUCGAGAUUAUUAUGUGCAGUGCCAGGUCUAUUGGGAGCGUGCAACACCUAAAGGGGGCCACUGCUCCGCCUCGGCAGCCGGUUGGCAAAGCCACCGACGACUGCGUCCGCAUUACGUCGCAUAAUUAAAGUGACCAUGAAAUGACCUUUUUACUUUUUCCAGAUAUCUUUCACAUUAAACCGUCAAUGUUCACUGAAUGC